AGAGGAAUGGUUAGCGCUCAAGUAGUUCUUGCAGUCGUGCAACCUUUGAGCUGUAUUGGCGAGUUCCUUGCGACACGUCGAACAGUUCCCGUUAUGGAUUUAGUUGAGGACUCGGCAGCCAGCGUUUCCUGCACUGACAUGCCACAAAUGGUAGACGUGGGAACUGAUGUCAGAAGAGAACCGACCAUCUCAGCUGAAGACAUAAGAGCUGAACAGGAACAGGAGGAACAAGCAGACAUAGCUCCAGUCCUCUACUCUGAAGGAGAACGUUACUGUACAGACCCCGUGGUUCUGGCUCAAUUAAGGAGAGUAUCGGUGGUGCUGGAGGACUGCUGUAGAACACAAGGGCUGGAUAACAAGAACAGAGAUGGAGAACAGCCCAAACCCAGCAAGAAGCCUUACUCCUGCUCCAAGUGUGGAAAGACUUUCACUGAAUUUCGAAAAGCGCAGCAACACCAGUACCAUCACACCAGAAAGAAGCUGCAUUCCUGCACCCAGUGUGACAAGAGAUUUUCUUAUAUUCAAAAUCUGACAAAACAUCAGCUCAUUCACACAGGGGAAAAGCCAUACUCUUGCCCUCAGUGUGACAAGAGCUUCAACAGAAAGGACGGCCUGAAACGACACCAGCGUGUUCACAUAGAGGAAAGGCCAUUCCACUGCCUUCAGUGUGACAAGGAUUUUAAAGCGCAGAAACAUUUGGACAAACACCAGCUCAGUCACACAGAACAAAAGCGUUUCCCUUGCUCUCAGUGUAAAAGGAGUUUCACCACCGAGACUAGACUCCAGCAACACAAGCUCAUCCACACAGUAGAAAGACCCCACCAGUGCUCUCAGUGUGAAAGGAGUUUCGCCACCAAGAGUAGACUCCAGCAACACGAGCUUAUCCACACAGGAGAAAGACCCCACCGGUGCUCUCAGUGUGGCAAGAGUUUCUGCCAAGCGGGAGAUCUCAGACGACACCGGCUCUUUCACUCCGAGGAGAGGCCGUACCAAUGCAAUCAGUGUGACAAGGCAUUCAGAGUCAAGGGACAGCUCAAUAUUCACCUACGCAGUCAUUCAGAAAACGUUCAGAAAAAGUUUCUCUGCCCUCACUGUGGCCAGCUUUUCCGCCGAGAGGGACAGCUCCGCAGUCACAUACGCUCUCACACUGGAGAGAGGCCGUUCACCUGCACUCAGUGCAAUAAGAGCUUUAGACGAAAAGGUGCCCUCAUGGUACAUCAGUCCAUCCAUACAGGACAUAAGCCACAUCAGUGCGCCGAGUGUGGCAGGGGUUUUGCCCAGCAAAGAGAUCUCAAGCGACACCUGCGCACUCAUACUGAGGAGAAGCCUCUCCGCUGCAUUCAGUGUGGCAAGAGCUUCAGGGAGGGAUGUCUCAAAGCGCACAUGCGACUACACGCCGGCGAGAGGCCACACACGUGUGACGUGUGUGGCAAGAGUUUCACUCAGAUAGGAUGUCUCAAACGACACCAACGCACUCACACCGGAGAGAAGCCGUACCACUGCGCUCAAUGUGACAAGAGUUUCACCACCGGUGGAGCUCUCAAAAUACAUGAGCGCAGUCACACAGGAGAGGCGCUACACCUGCUCCAGGUGUGACAAGAGUUUCUUUCAGUUGGGCCAUCUGCAAACCCAUCAGAAAGUGCACACUGGUUGAGUGCCCUAUGCCCCCCCUCACUCAUCCGUGGUACUUCGAGUCAGUAUAGUUUCUGGAGAGUGAAAAGCUGUUUACAUGUUUUUGGUUACUAUAUAAUGCAUAAUGCAUUUUACCUCCUAUCUUGACCUUUUAGGUUGUUCAGUAAUGUAAAAACUGUCAAGUUGUGAGAGAGACAUAUUAUCAUCUAGAUGAAAAAGGCUCCCCAUUUCUUCAGACAAAGGUAAAAGAGUUAUUGAAAUGAGAGUUAUGCUUUUCCAUUAAAAGUUUUAUAUAAAAAAACUUGUCAUUGUG